AUGGGCUGCGGACAAUCGAUCGAUGCGGACGCCGCGGCGCAGAACCAGCACAGCAAGGCGAUUGACGAGGAGUUGAAGCGCGCGAGGGCCGAAGAGGCGAAGACGGUCAAGUGCUUGAUGCUCGGGGCGGGAGAGUCGGGCAAGAGUACACUCGUCAAGCAGAUGCGACUGAUGUACGCCCACCCGUACACGGAGCGAGAACGAGAAGAGUACCGCGAGAUCGUCUUCCUCAAUUCGCUUCAGUCGAUGCAGGCCGUCCUCCGCGGCUUCGAAGUCGUCCAGCUCCUCGUACCUCACACGGUCCGACCAGCCGCCGAAUACCUCAUUUCUCUCGCCUCAGAAGACGCGAUAGAUCCCUCGUCGCACAGCAUGGUUCCGCAAGUCCGCGACGCCAUCAUCGCUUUGUGGGCGGAACCGACGACGAAGCAAGUCGUCGCGCUCAGCUCGCGCUUUCAGUUGAAUGACUCGGCGUCGUACUUCUUCGAUGCCAUGCCGCGCCUCGGCGCACGGAACUACGUCCCGACCGACCAGGACAUCUUGCGAACCCGCGUUCGCUCGACUGGAAUUGUCGAGGAGGAGUACCAAGUGCGGGGACAGAAGUUGCGGGUGUUCGAUGUCGGUGGCCAGCGAAGCGAGCGGAAGAAGUGGAUCCACUGCUUCGAGAACGUCAACGUCCUCGUCUUUGUCGCCGCCAUCUCGGAGUACGACCAGGUCUUGUUUGAAGACCAGAGUGUCAACCGCUUGCAGGAGGCGACGAUGUUGUGGGAAUCGAUUGCGGGGAGUCGUUGGUUUGAAAAGAGCGCGUUCGUUCUGAUGCUCAACAAGAUCGACCUCUUCGCCAACAAGAUCAUCGCCCAGAACCCGCCCAUGUCAGCCUACUUCGACGACUUUGACGGACCGGACGGCGACCUCGAAUCCGCGACGAUCUACAUGAAGCACAAGUUUGUCAACCUGAACCGGAGGAAGGAUCGCGGACUUUACGUUCACCUUACUUGCGCGACGGAUACCGAGCAGGCGCGCGUGAUUAUCGCGGCUAUGAUGGACCAGGUCCUCACGCGCUUGCUCUCCGAGGUUGGUUUGAUGUGA